AUGACAGGGUUUGGCUCUUCAUGCGGUGCAUGCAAAUUCCUCCACAGAAAGUGCGUGAAGGGGUGUGUCUUUGCACCAUACUUCUGCCAUGACCAAGGGGCUGUGCAUUUUGCUGCCAUUCAUAAGGUCUUUGGUGCAAGCAAUGCCUCAAAGCUCCUUAUGGAUCUCCCAGACAAUGCUCGUAGCGAGGCUGCAGUCACCAUCUCCUUUGAGGCACAGGCGAGGCUUCGUGACCCAGUAUACGGAUGUGUGGCACAUAUAUUUGCUCUUCAACAGCAGGUAGUAACUCUGCAAUCACAGCUGGCGUCACUCAAAGCUCAAGCAUUACAAGGAUACACAAAUGGGUAUUCGAUGUCAAGCACUCAACAAGACAAUAUUUAUGAGAAUAAGUUCAUGGAUUACCUGAAAGGAGAAAGCAGAGCGCUACAUCCUGCAGAAUCUUGCACUCCUGUCAAUGAUGAAGGCCAGCACUACUUUGACCGUGAUACUUUGACUUAUACUUCUAUGCAAUCCCCCCAGCUUCAUAGCCCACAUAAGUACACGCCUGAAUAUGCAGCUUACUUCAACAAUGACAAUGACCCUUCACCCGCCAUGUUUUCUUCCAAUCUGCAACAGGACGUGCAAAAGAAUGUGCAUUAUUGUACUGAGGAACUCCAGUCAAUGGCAUUUGCCUAUCUGAACUAG